ACGAUUUUCAGUCCGCCAGCGAACGUUGUUGCGAUCACAACGUCUCAGUUCUCAGUUUCUUCGCUUCGCUGCUCAGCUUCAGAUUCUCAAUUCUCCAGCUCAGAUUCUUAUCCGGCGCGCGUGUGUGUGUGUGUGCAGUGUGCGUGUGUGCUGGACGCCGUGUCAGUGUGUUAGUGCUGGCCCGUUGCUAAAAUUAUUAUUUUUUUAACGAACGUUGUUCUUUUUUUUUUUUACUGUGCCUUCCAAACUGGUUGCUGCUCUUUUAACUGUGUAUUUGUGCAGCAGCAGUAGCAGUAGCAAGAAGAAGCAGCAAAAGAAUCUAGCUGCGGAAGAAGAAGAAGCAGAAGACGCAGAAGAUCACAGAUCAAAGAAGGAGAAGAAGAAGAAUAGUAGCAACUGUAGAUUGUAUAGUUUAUGCUAUUCGGAAAUUUUCGGUUGAUAAGUCCCGAAAUAUAACCGAAGCAGAGAUUGAUUUCGAAACAGGAAUCCGGAAUACACCACAAUGCCCUGCUCGGCCGUAACCCUAUCUAUAGCGACGAUCUGCGCGAUCAUCGCCACCGCCCUGCUGGCGAUCGCCUUCUCCACGGAUAAUUGGCUGCACUACGAUGUCUGGCGCAACCAGAUACAGUCCUUUGCCGCCAAACAUUCCGAUGCAGAUUUGCUGUUGCACAACAUGAAUGUGAAGUACUACUACUACACGAGGACACGAGGUCUGUUCAGGAUUUGCUAUCCCAAGGAGCGGCCGCCGGCAGCAUCGGUGCCCACCUAUCUGUCGCCGAUCGAGACGCACUGCUCGAACAUCGACUACUUCCCGCAGGCGGAGGACGAGAAGAUCGCCAACGAGGACGCCACCUCGCGCCUCCAUCUGGCCCGCUCCUGCAUUGCCCUGUUCAUCAUCAGCUUCGUGACCAUCUUCUGUGCCUUCUGGACCGGCCUCUCCGGCUGCUGGAAGCGCUCCUCGGGCGCCAUCACAGCCACCUCGAUUCUGUUGCUAGUCACCUGCCUCCUGGCCGCCGGCGCAAUGGGCCUCUGGCACACCGUCGAGUUCUUCGAGAAGGAGAAGGUAGUCGGAGAGGACUACUUCCAGCAGUGGAACACGGUCCUGCGCGACAAUACGAAGAUUGCCUACGACUGGUCGUACAUCGUGGCCUGGGCAGGAAUCGGGACCUGUCUCCUGGCGGCCAUCCUUCUAUCGGGAGCGGCCGUUUGUCUGCGCAACGAGCGCGAGAAGGAGGAGCAACUGAACCUGCAGUACCUGAUGCCAGUUUACUCGCAGAAGCAGCCACCCUAUCCGCCCUACGCCAACUAUGCCCAGCCGCAGAUUUACCCAGGACCCUAUUAUCAUGGCUCGCAGUACGGCCCCUAUAACUACUAGGUUAGGGACUGCUACUAGGAAAACCCGGAGCAAUCAGCAAUGGAAGCCGAGGAACACAAGCUUGAAUCAAACUCUCUGCGAGCAAUAUCAGCAUAGAAAUCACAAAUGACCAGGAGGGAACCUGGUUCUCCAACAUCCCCUCCCCAGUAAUCAAAAAACUUGGCGAUCAAAUAGAACAACCGCUAACGAAAUCUUAAAUUACAUUCUGACAAUGACAAUAAUAUAAAUCAUCAAUUUUUUUUUGACAAGAAUUUAGUUUGUAGUCUUUAUAGAGCUAUAAAAAUAUGCUUGUAUGUAUAACUGAUCGUGGGACUUGAGUCAAAGUUGCGUCCAAGUUUUUGGUGCGCGAAUUGUUUUCGCAUAGUUUUGCGCGAAAUAUCUUAGAAAGACGUCGGCAGAGUAUAUGGAUGGAUAUAUGUAUAUGUUGACCACGGCGAGAAGGCGAAUAAAAGACGAAACAAUAAAGAGUUAAUUUAUUGUAGCACGUAACGUACAUCUAGCGUAUCUAAAAUAAUAAUAAACAAAAUAUGUAUCUAAGCUAAAAGUUUCAUUGUACAAUGUAUAUGAAUGUAAUAAUGCGCGACAAGCUUCAAAUUGUCUUCCAAGUAUAGUGCAUAUUGUAUGUAGAGCUGUACGUUUAAUGAAUAAAAGUUUCUUACGUUAGAA